AUGCCCGGGAAUCGCGACCGCAAGUUGGUGCUACGCAAGCCAACAAGAGCGAACCAGCCAUAUGUUAUGCUCCAUAAGCUACGUGACAUAAGACGCGAGCAGGACAUGACCCAUGAUGCCGUCAGGAAGCAGCAGCCUCAAGGACAAGUUCCAGACGAUAGUAUGUCUGAUGGUGGCUCGGACAGGGGCUUUGCACUGUCAUCAGAAGGCGGUAUUGACUCCGUGCACAGUGGUGCUGAUGGACAGAAUGUUGCUACAAGCCGAGGUCAAGAAGAUUAUGAUAUGUCGGAGUACUCGGGUAGCGACUACAGUGAGACGAAGAAGGUCGAGCUGAUGAGAUGCGAGAACCGUCUGCGACGUCGUCAAGAAGAUGUUAAUACUGAGCAAGAUGAUGACUUACUCGAUGAGGAGAUGGUGGAUGACGUUGUCACCGAACUUGAAGUCCAUGGACCGCAUGCACGCACCCUUGAAAAGCGGAAUGAUCUUCGCACGCACAGCCGGACCGUUCGUGGCAAGGGGAAGCAGCGCGUUGUGCAGCUUGAUGAGGCUGAAGAGAUUGCUGAACGAGAGGUCAUGGCUGGCGGUGCCAAUUGGCAGAAGAGUACGGGUCCAUUCUCGAAGCAAGCAAGGGCUGCCGCGGUCACCUUUGGAGAGGUCGUAAUGCGUGAGGCUGAGAACCUUGCACGGAAGCACGGCAAAUCCACCCGGGACGUCCUGAUCCUCGCUGGAUUGUCGUUCAAGCCCUCGCGCGCUGCGAAUCCUGCUAACAAGUAUAGGCAGUGGUAUUCUUACCACCAUCCGAAGGCGGACAAUGUCACCACUGCGGACUACCUGAAGGAGGUUAAUACUACUUACAAGAAGAUGUUUGAAGGUGUCGACAGUCGAAAUGACGAGCAACGUGCGCUCGUCAUGAAGCCGAUUCUCGAUUUCUGUGACUCGAUCGAGAAGGAUCCCAGCCUGGCGAAGCACUCUAUGCAGUCCAUCACUGCUCGGAUGUUGAGUGCGAAGGACCAGUUUACCGCGUUGGUCAGUGAUGUCAGUUAUGAAAGAUAA